AUGGCUCCAAAGAAAGCAACUGCAAGCAAAGCCAGUGGCUCCAAAACAACUGGUGUGAAGGUAGUCCCCACAGUGAGCCAGCGACUCACCUUUACAGUGUUGGGCCGGAGAAGCGGUUCUAUGUUGGUCCAGCCACGGUACAAACGCCCUCCCAUUUUACGAAUGGUGGUUAAAGCCUUGGAGAAAGCCAAUGAUCGCAAAGGUACUUCAGUGCCAGCUAUCAAGAACUACAUCCUCUCGACUUACCCAAUGGUGAAUCCCAUCCUUCUCAAAACCUCUCUGAAGAAAGCCUUGAGUGUUGGUCUUGAAAAGGGCAUUCUCAUCAGGCCUGCGGGCUCAAAAGCAACUGGAGCUACAGGACGAUUCAAACUUGCAGCUAAGACAGCAGUGAAGAAACCCAAUAAAACCAGUAAUACAAAUGUUGCCUCUACAAAAACCGAGGUCGAGGGCAAAGUCAAGACAGCUGAAGCUGAUAAAAGAUCAGAUUCAAAAAAGCCCAAGAAGUCGGCAGAACCUUCAAAGAAAAAAGGAGCAGAAUCUGGGAAAGCAUUGGAGAAAGAGUCAGCAGGUGCCAAGGAACUGUCCAAGCAGUCGCCUGAUAAACUGGCAAAAACUAAAGGAAAGAAAGGAGUCAAUAAAAAAAGUGGACGGCCUUUGGGAACUGUGAAAACAGACAAGGCUGUGAAAAAGAGGGAUGGACCGCCAGAAAAAUUGCCAAAUGAGGCUUUGGAAGGGCCAUCUGCUGACCCUGUGAAGAAAGGCCCAAAGAGCCAUGGACAAAAGGGAAAAUCGACCAAGGCACAGAGACCGGAUCCAGAAGAGCCUCAACCAACCGCCACUACCUCCAAGGCUGGGUCAAGGAGAGGUUGCUGA